AUGGAAAGCCCAUCUCGCAAGGCCGGCCGCCAUGGGGCCUUCAAAGUUCUCAUUGCCGGCGGGUCUGUCGCUGGCCUGGCUCUGGCCCUCAUUCUUGAAGCGUACGACAUUGACUACUUGCUGCUGGAAAAGCACUCGCAGAUAGCACCGUUCCUUGGAACAACGGUGGGAAUCAAUCCGAAUGGGGCCCGCAUCCUCGAUCAACUCGGGGUUUACGGAAGUCUGGACAAACUCGGGGGCAAGCAGCACACCAACUUUUAUUAUGACCCGGAGGGAAAACUGCUGGCUGUACAGGAGCCGAUUGAUGAUUCGAUGAGGUGGCUGUUCGGGUAUGAUUUCUGUUUUCUGAACAGACAGGAUCUCCUCCGUGCACUCUAUAAUGCGGCCAAGCAUAAAUCGAAGAUUAAGACCGCUACAGAAAUUGCUGAUAUUGUCGAGCAUGAGUCCCAGGUCAAGGUGAUCACCCGCGACGGUAGUGAAUUUCAGGGUGACAUCCUCGUUGGUGCCGAUGGAGUGCACAGUCGAGUCCGUAGGGAGUUGUGGAGGAUUGCAGAGGAGACGUUGCCAGAAUGUAUAACCCAGCAUGAUAAGAACGCCGUCCAAAGCACGUAUAGUUGUAUGACAGGCAUAUCACCUUGUCCACCGGGCCUUACAGACAGACAAGCCAGCCGAUGCAUGAACUACAAUAGAUCUUAUGUGGUGUUGACCCAACCUGGGGCAGAGCUCUGUUGGUGGCUUGCAUUCUUCAAGCAUGACCAGACGCUCAGCGAGGGAGAUAUUCCACGGUAUACAGUCGACGACCACAAAGAUAUCCUUGACAAGUAUGGCAGCGACAAAGUCGGUGAAACGACAUUGAGUCAACUCUACAAGUCAGCACACCACAAAGUCCUCGUCCCUAUUGAAGAAUUCACGCUCGACAAAUGGUUCCUGGGAAGAGUAGUGCUUCUAGGUGAUUCUUGUCACAAAGUGCACCCCAUCAUCGGGCAAGGCGCCAAUCAAGCAAUUGAGUCGGCGGCAUGUUUAGCCGACCUCCUUCGUUGCCUUGUUCACGGGGAUAUUUCCCGUACGAGUGACGAUGCUGCUAUUCAUGCCAUCUUUUCUCGGUAUCACAGCACACGACAUCCGCGCGCGGUUUCGGUGAUGAAUGCAGGCCGCUUUAGCCAGUGUGUUGAUUCACUGGAUACACGGUGGUUCAAGUUAUUUGCCUUUUAUGUAGGCACAAAAACGCCCAUACAAGACGGAUUUCUGCCUUCAUUUGCCAACUUGGUUCUUCCAGCUGUUAGUCUCAGGGGGCUCCCACAGCCAGAUCAUGGAGGGAAUAUGGCAUAUGAAGACCAAAUCAGGAUAAACCCCUCUCCACGGUCAAAACGUGACACGUUAUCUUUUGUCUCUAUCGUGGUUUUGUUGUCGUCUUUGUCAUUUUAUGUCGGAGCAAUGCUCAAAGCGAGAUCCUACUCCUCUGGCGCAUAUGGAGAACCGUCUUUCUACUCAGGUGCACAGAGAAUCGCCAUCAAUAGCGUGUGGAUAGUCGAGUCGUAUCGCGCCAGUGCCGCUUUAACUCCUUUGAUGAGCGCCCUUCCCUUCAUUACUCUAGCAACCCUCAUCAACAACUGGCAAAUAACUCUCGCCAUUUACUGCAUUCUUCACAUACGCCACUCCAGCAGCCGUGACUUCUACUAUCCCAACCCACGAGCCAUCAACACCAAAUGCCUUGGUGAUACCUGGCGUUUUUCUCAUUUUGUCUUUCCGCUUGUUGUUUAUAUCCAAGGUACAGUCGUGCAGAUACUACCCACGACAACGAAGCUGCGUGCCGGGACAGAAGCAGAUGCAGCUAGGCUCAAGAUCAUUACAUCGUUUUCUAGCGCUCAUGACAUCCCAUAUCUGCUUCGAUAUUAUGUCAUAAUCUUCCUCCUAGCGAGUGUGGCGCAUCUGAGCGCAGCAGCAGCAGCACUAGUGGAUGGAAAGAGUGCUGGGCUAGGAGAAUGGGUGACUUUAGCACCUAUAGCUCUAGGCUUGUCUGUUUUCACUGCUUGGGAUUUGAAAAGAGUCAAUAUAUGGAAUGGAUCGGUGAUAUGGGCCUCUGUGUGUGUUCUGCUGACAUUAGGGUUUGUUGGACCGGGAGCUGUGUUGAUUGGUUUGUGGACGUGGAGGGAGAGGCGCAUUGAAGAGGGGAGAAGACAUGAGAAUUAG